UUUUGUUUCAGAUGUCCUCAAGGUUUAAACAUCCCCGUCAGAUACCCCUAGAAACCCCAGACAAUUCUUCAGACAGCUCAGAUUCAGAAAACGAAGAGGGGAAAGAAAUACAGGUAGAAUUUGAGGCUCGGAGUCCUGAGGGUGAAGAUUUUCACGGAAUCAAAAGAUUGCUACAACAGCUUUUUCUGAGAUCAAGUGUGGUCGAUUGCAGUAAACUUACAGAUUCUAUCCUUGCUCAACGAGGUAUUGGAUCUGUGAUAAAACAGAGUAUUCCUGAAGAACUAGAAGGGGAUGAUAUUACAGAUGAUCCAAAUGAGGUAUACGCUAUCUCGACCGUGGUGAACUUGGCGGAGAAAACUAAAGAAUCAAUUUCCUCGCUCAGAAGAUUUAUUCUAGAACAGACGGCUAAGGGAAACGAUCGGCAAGUUCUCCAGUAUGUGACAGACCUAUUGAAGGGAAGCGUAGGAUUCCUCAUAAAUGAAAGAUUCAUAAAUAUUCCGGCACAGAUCACUGUGCCCCUGCUGGAAACCCUUGUUACUGAGAUGCGCAAGGCCCGAGAUAGAAACCUACCUUAUGAUUUCCAGCAUUAUAUUAUGAUAUCUAAACUGUACAAGACUAGGAACUUAACCACAGGUGUCAAUGGAGCAACAACAGAAACCCAGGCAGUCGUGUUCUCCAAUCCAGAAGAGGAACUUAUUGUGGGAGAAAGUGAACUCUGCAUUGAUUAUGAUGUGAGCAGCGAGUCCAAUAAUGAUGUUGGUGGAAAUUGGACGGAUGGGGUGGAAAUGAUCCCUUGGAGACGGAUUGUUGUGUUUCGAGCCGAGAAAUUAGACGGUUUGAUAAGAUCUGUUCGUGAAAGCUUUCCAACAUCCAGUAUUUCUUCAUAGGACUUUCACUCAUUCUUUUAGCAGUACACACACUGUUCAGUGUACUGCCUUAUAUAUAUUCUGUACAAGAACACACUGUGUAUCAAAUUAUAUUAUAUUUUGUUUUCAGAA